AGAUUCCAACAAUGCCCAUCUUUGAAUCAUCGUCCGACUCCGACAAUGAGACCACCCCACGGGUUAAGCUCUUUGCACGUCAUAGGCCUAUGGAUGCCAUUCUUGGAGGAGGAAAAGUUGCGGAUGUGUUUCUGUGGAGGAACACAGAGGUGUCAGCGGCUUUACUAAUGGGGGUAACAACCAUAUGGUUCCUUUUCGAGGUGGUCGAGUACAAUUUCGUCACCCUCCUCGGCCAGAUCUGCAUCACCACCGUGCUUGUCCUCUUCAUAUGCUCCAUUUCUGCUGAUUAUUUUGGAUGGAGUCGUCCGAAGAUCCCCGAGUUGUUGUCUAAUGAAAACAACUUGAAUGAAGUUGUUCCCGUCUUCCGGUGGAGGUUCAAUCAGUUCAUUAACAAAUUCUUCCACGUUGCCGGUGGAAAUGACCCUCUCAACUUCUUUCUGCUAUCACCAUCAGUGAUUGUUUCUCUGUACAUAAUAUCGGUGAUCGGACCUUAUUUCGACUUCGUGAAUCUCCUCUUCAUUGGCUUUGUGAGCAUGGAAACGUUGCCGUAUUUGUACAGUCGAUACGAGAAUGAAGUCGAUUAUCAUGUUGGGAAAAUGAUGAGGAAGGUGAGCAAAAUGUACAAGAGGUUUAAUUCAAGAGUUCUUAACAAGAUACCCAGAGCACCUUGGAAGGAGAAGCACUUAGAUGACCUUCGUAAACCUAAAUCCAACUUCAUUAGUCAAGCUCUGCAUGCAUACUUCGCCGCUUAUCAGAGCAUGCAGCCCUUCCAGACAAUUAUAACAAAUAAGAGAGAGAAAGCUGAAAAUUCUCUCAACUUUCCCCUCCCCGAGAAAGGGAACCGCGACAGAGCUCGCGGUGGCAAGCGACGACGCACAGCAGUUCCUGCGACCAAAGUGAUGUUUGGCGUAAGUGAUGACGAGGUAUCCUUAUUGAUCGGCGGUGAAGCAUUCGGCGGUGAAGCAUUCGGCGGUGGUCCAUUCACGAAGGGAGAGAGGCAGCGCCGACGGGAGAUGUAG